AUGGCGAGGAAGGAGGCCGGCCUCCAUCAGAUCCAAGGUUCAUCGCGACUAUUUCGGGAGAUCUUUCAGGAGACCAGCAGUGGGGACUUCGGCAUCCACAUAAAGGAUGGUCCUUUGUUUCGAUGCCAUACACGUAUCCUGGACACUUCUGGUGGCUUUUGCGGAAAGAUCCGUCAGUUUGGGAAGCUCAUGAGCCGCAGCGCCGAUCACGAUGACAUCCCGGCGCCAAAGGAGUACUUCAAGCAAAUGGGCUAUCACCGCUUGCUGCAAGAUUUGCAGUCCAUCCAGUUCUCGCAGCCCAUCGACAGAUCUGUCUUAGCCGGUGGAAUCACCGCCACCAUAGCUGGAAAGCGAGAUGAUGCCAUGAAGCCUGGCUUCUCGACGGCGCAUUUCAUCGGUGGCACGAUCGGCACGAACAAGCGUUCUGACCCUUUUUUUCUGGCGGAAAGGUAUGAGAUCCAGUGUGACUGUGAGCUCAUGGCCGAGCUGUUGCGUUUCAUCUAUUGUGGUGAGAUGUCGUUCUUCCACGAGGUGGCAGACAACGACAAGGCCAACGAGGUCUUGACUCAAAAGAUGCUGGCUAUCUGCUUUGAAGCUGAGCGCUUCUCGGUGGAUGCCCUGUAUGAAAACUUGCUGAACUGGUUCGGCAGAAGGAGUUUCUUUGUGGUCGGUGAGCUCAACUUUGCGGAUGCGUUCUACCAUCUGCAGCACUAUGAACACCGAGCUACAGAGGAACACUCCAGGGACGUCCUCAUCACGACGCUAGCCAGCGAGAUGGUGUCCAGCCGAGAACAGUUCCGGGCUGUCACGAGGGACCCUCGAUGGUGUUCCUUGCCCGUUUACUUUGUAGAAACAAUCUUGAACUUCGAGCGCCUGCCCAUAGUCACCGAGACAGAGAUUUUGAGCCUCAUAGAGCGGUGGAACGCGACUGCCGACAAAGAGAAGUCGGACAUCGUCCGGCUAUUGGCAUGCUUCAGGCCUGGCCAGGACUCGCGCGUCGCCAUGAAGAACUGGCUCUCUUUGAUGGGCUGGGUGGACGAGUCAGGCAACGUCGUAUCAAUUCCUGGGCUGGAGGGCCUGGAGCACAUAGUCAACGGCACUGCCACGAAAGGCAAGAAACCCCGCAACCACAAGAAUGAGAUAGGGGACGUCACAGACUUCACGAAGGCGAUGAUCGAGAACUUCCAGUCGGAUCUUCAGCCUGAAGGCAAUGAUGAGGAGGCCGAUGCCACGUUCCUCCAUUACCGCGGAAAGAAGGUGCUCGCCCAAGGCUGCUCCUUCGACCUCGGUGCCGGAGAGCGAUUGCUGCAGGCAGACGUCCUACGCCACUCUGGCAUAAGUCGACUUCGUGUAGCACUUUCCGAGCCUUCGUCGCUGUUGUGGAACCCGCAGCACGAGGUUUUCGUCGGCCUCUCCUACGGCGAAGGCAAGUACUUCGGGUUCCUGUGCAGCGCGACUUCCUUCUCCGGCAUUUUUUCCGUUCGAGUCCUUGCAUCUGCAGCACCCGCGCCCUCGGCGCCGGUGCAUCUGACGGGCUCUGGAAAUAAGAUGGAAUUUGAUAUGGGCCUGGAGAUCGCGCUGCAUCGAGUGGACCUGGUAGUCACUUGCAAGAUGAGCGCGAUCUUCAAGAACGAGUGUUUGACACAGGAAGUCUUCCAGAUCUCCCACGAUACCUUGGUCAACGGGCCUGGUCUCAGAUACCAAGUGGUUGGCACUGGACUUGAAAGGGACAGAGUGCUCAUAAACUUGGCCUGGGUGAGCGGGGGCGGCCCCGCACUUGACAAGCAGGUCGAGUAUGGACCCAUUGGGUUCGUCGACGGCGAAUACUAG